AUGGUCGAAAUCCCUUUGGAAGACGAGAGAAUUGGACCAGAAAAAAGUGAAUACCUUUAUCGCUCAUCAAAAGCCUAUUUUACCUACGGUUGCAAUCGAACAACAUUUCAAAAAGGUUAUUUAGGUUUAAAUUCAUCGGAAGUGAAUGGUGUAUUUCAUAUACGAUAUCCUGAAUUGAAACCAUUACGAGCUACAAAGAUAGAACUUUGUUUUUCAGGAAUAAUUCAUAUGCAAUGGUCCGAUUACAAUGGUUAUCAUUGCUCUAAUAGUAAAGAAAUUUGCAAGCAAAGGAAAUGUAUUUGGAAGACUAAUUCCAACUAUGAAAACAUAACAUAUUUUGAUUAUCCAUUCAGUUUUGUAAUUCCAAAUGAGUCACCUUCUUCAAUAAAUCAUAUUGGUAAAUAUAAAGCAAAUGGAAUGAUAUAUUAUACAAUGAGUGCGACAAUUUAUCGAAAAAGAGUCCAAAUUUUUCAAAGUUCAAACAAAAUUGUUGAAGUUAAAAUAGAUAUUCGACGGUGGCAAUUACCAGCAUGUCCAGCUUAUGAGCCGGAAUUAUUAAUUAAAAAACCCGAUUUAUUUGAAUGUAGAGUAUCGAUAUAUAAAACAACAUUUGAUAUUUGUGGUUUUAUUAAUAUACCAAUUAAUUUUCGAUUAUUUAAACAAGAUGUAACAGUGAAGAAGAUUUUUGUGAAAUUAGUGGAGUAUUUUAAAUUAACAACUAUGAGAUUAUAUUAUAAAGGGUGCUUGGUAAAACAAACAGUGAAUGGUAAUCAAGUGUUACCUGUACCAAACAGCGAAAAUGAGUUUAGCGUGAUUGUGAGAUUGGAUUUAUCAAAGGCAAAAAAAUUGUGGAAUAACGAAGCAGUAAUAAAUUGCAGUUGUAUUACAGAAUUAUUUGAAGUUUGGCAUAAAGUGAAAAUUGAGAUUUUGAUGGGUAAAGCCGGUAAAGUAAAAUUUAAAAAGAUGGUUGAGCUGUGUAAUAUCGUCAGUGAUGACGCUCUGGAAGGAUAUAUGAAUAGUUUAGAACAUAUAUUGUAA